UUAUUCGAUAAACUAUGGUCGAACCUAUCGAAGUUGAAGCUGGUUGUUUAUUGUUUCGUGUUAAGUGUAGAAUUAGACUAUUUUAAAUUACAUUCUAUCCAUUGCUUUGAAACACAACAUUUCUCUCCAUUUGGAUGAUGUGUUCAUGUACUAAAAGUAAAGGUAUAUAAAGAUUUAUAAUCAUGUGGUCAGGGGAUCAGCAGUAUUCCCAGUGGGCCUUGAACCCAUCGGCAUAUCAAAACUUGUCCCACGAGGAAGUUGACUGGGCAGCUCUAGCACAGCAAUGGAUCCAAAUGAAGGAAACGCACCCUGUGGAUCAGAUUCCACCCGCUCCACCACCACCACCCAUCGGAGACAAAGCAGAGUCGGGAGAAAAGAGGAAGGAGCCAGAAGUGGAAGGAGGCGAAGCACCUAUGGACAUGGACACAAAAGAAGAACCUGAAAAUUCAAAUUCAUCCAAUACUCCAGAAGCUAAUUCAUGGGGAGCAUGGCCUAAUUGGCAACAGUGGGGCUGGAAUUGGGGUGCAACGGGCGGCAUGGUUCCGCCCGGAGGCGUCCCUCCUCCGCCCAGUCAGACGCUCGUGCCUGGAAAGGGAUCUACAUCUGGCGCUUCAGUUGGAGUGCCUCCAUACGGCUUCUCGCACAAUUCUCAGACAUAUGGAAGCGGCACAGGUGUAUAUGAUUACAAUCAUGCGGCCGGAUCAGAGCAUUAUAAUCAAGUCGUGGCCGGUGGUUACUGGACAUCGGGUGGGCCGGCAGAUACGGGCGGUGUGCCACCGGGUCCUGAUUCAGGUCCGUCUCCCUUCAUCAGACAUAACCGACAUGACUGGAGGAGGAAUAACCGUACACAUGACCGCAUACGCACAACAGAGAAGUCGGAUGACGAAGAAGAUGCAACUCCUGUUCUUGAUGCUGCAAAGAGGAGACAAUUACCUGCAUGGAUCAGGGAGGGUCUUGAGAAAAUGGAAAGGGAGAAACAAAAGAAAAUUGAUAGAGAACGGCAGAUAAAAGAAAGGGAAGCGUAUUUACAAAAGAAAAAAGAAGAGGAAGAUAAUGUUGUCACUGAAUUAGAAAAGAAUAGUGGCCAACCUGUAAUUCCAAAGAAAAGCAAAUUUGAAAGUGAUUCAGAAGAAUCAAACCGUGGGGGAAGCCCAACUCCCUCACAGUCUUCUCUGAAAAGGAAAUCCCGGUUUAGAAACGCAGACAGUCCAAACUCGUCUCCUCAUCAUCCUUUAGCGAGAUUCUCGGGCAAUGAGCCAGAACCACCAAAAUCUCGAGAAGAGGUGAUGCAGGAAAUUAUGUUGAAAGUUCGCCGUACGCUGACAGAAAUUCUCUUGGAGGUUACUACCGAGGAGAUGGAAGCCAUAGCACAGGAAGUGUUGAGUAAAGCAAAAGCGAAAGCUCCACCAUUGCAACUGCGGAAGACCCAGGCUUUAGCAUCUUUGACUGGCAAGCUGGGUCUCGGGAUGUAUGGUGACAGUGAGGAUUCAGACAGUGGCGAUGAUGCGAGCGGUAACAACACUCCCCUCCGAGCUAAUGGGGCUGACUCAGAUGAAGAAUUGAGGGAUCAGAUCCAGAGACGGAAGAUAGACUUCGUGAAAACGGAGAGGGAGAUAGAGGCAAGGCUUCGGGAAGAGGAGGAGCGAGAGAAAGACAAGGAGAGGCGCUUGAUUGGUGAGGGAAGUGAGGACAGUGACAUAGAAGAGAGACAGGUAGAAAACCAAACUGAUUCAAAACAUCCUGCGGAAAAGGGGUCUGAAGAGGAAGAAGAACAAGACCAAAAGCCGAAAACCUUGCAUCCACAGGACGGUAUAAAACACGAAGAUAAAAUACAAAAUACAUCUAAUAGGGAUCUGUUUACAUUCCCUCUUGCAAUAAGAAAGUCUUCCCGUGAUGUUGAAGGAAAGUCGGACCGAAAUGCUGAUAAUUCUAAAUUAGACAGGAAAAUAAAACAGUCCCCAAGGAGGGGUGAAACAUCACCAUUACGUCAUAAAAAGAGUGAAAAAAGCAGUGCGAGUUCAGAGGAAAAUGAUGAUGAAACAAGUUCAAAGAGUAAUUCUGAUAGUUCGUCUUCAUCGGACUCGAGUAGCUCAUCUCGAUCUAGUUCUUCAGCGAGUAGGCAAAGUUCAAAGAGGAGCUCUAAAAGUAGCAGAAGUAUGGGGGGAUCAAGUAGGCGGGAAAAGAAAAGGAAUAUUGGUAACAGUCACAGGAAACGUAGUUGUAGCCCUGAUAGUGAUCACAAGAAAUCUGACAAAAAGUUGAAUAGUCGUAAAGACAGGAAGAGGGAAUUUGUUGACAAGGACAGGAAGGGGAAGGAGAGGAGGGACAGGCAGAGGGGUCGGAAUAGUAGGAGUAGGAGCAGAAGUAGGUCAGACACUAGUCGGUGUAGGGACAGCAAUGACAGGAGAAAAUCCAAGGACGAUAGACGGCACAGCAGUAGACGUGAAUCAGAUGUUAGGUCUAGAAAGAGCCGUGACAGUGAGAGGAGAAAUAGCAGUAACAAUACAAAGCCACGCGCAUAUAGACACGAGCGUGAGAGUCGCUCACCAGUUAGCAGAAACAACAAGAAGCUUGGCAGAAGCAAGAGGCAGACGCGACACUCAUCGGGCUCUAGUUCUCCGUCUAUGUCCAAGCGACAUGAUAGUCGGCGAGGGAACAAGAGAGGAAGGUACUCCCGUUCCAGGUCCAGGUCACCGAUCCUCAGCAAGAGAUCUCAUCAUAGGAGGCGGUCUUCUUCGAGCUCUCGUUCAGCGCUGUCCGCCGAGAGGGAGAGGGCCUUGGGUAAGAAGUCCGGCCACAGCCGCGACUGACCCAGCCACCAGGGGGUGGAUACUCAAGUUAGAAGAAGUGAAGGUGCUACAGUCUUCAAGAUGUAGGCAUCAAGUCUCCAUUUAGAGUUCUUCAGCAGUGGGAAUUUACAAGUGUGUUUGUGUGCGCGUUCAGACGGAAAAGAGAGAGAGAGAUGCUUUUACUUCCUGUGUAUAUGGAUCCGUUUAUAAAUUUGGGCUCUUACGCAGGGGUAGUAUUGACAGCUUGAUUUUUUUUUUUUGCUGUGUCAGUAGUGUUCUCGAUCUUAAAAAUAUGCUAUUAAGAAAUUGGUACUGCAGAUAUUAUGUUACUAACUUAAUAUCAUCACAGAAUUAAGUAAUAAUACUCUGGACUGCUUGAACUGUAGGUAUGGUGAAAGUUGGAAAACUUUAAUUUCAAGAGCUUCAGAAGUGUAAUAAGAAUGCUAUGUGGUGCCUAUGGUAGCUGCAGAAUUUUACGAGUCUUAGAAGAAACCUCAUUCAAACCUUACUUUCCUUCUAUAGAAGCUCACUGUGUCAUAAAUUGAAGUUUAAGGUAUGCUCCUUUCAAAGAUGUGCCUAGAGUAGGAAUUUUCAGAGGGGAUUCAUCAAAAAAUUUAAAUUGUGACUCCAGAGAACCUUGACAUGUUCAGUGGUUAAUGAAAGGAGAACUUACAUCAGUAAUGAUACAGUUCAUUCAUUGCCAGUCUUCAAAUCUUGGAUGUUGAUAACAGCCAUAGUGAGGCUGUUUUGAAAUAUGAAUCAAGUCGCAUGCACGUUUUAGAAAUUAUGUAUUUCAUUAUACACGACGGACUGAAUGUAGGAAGUUUUGUGAUCAGAGCAUUUCCCGUAAUAUUCAUAGAGAAAUUCGGAACAUAGAAAUAAAAUUCUUUCAUCUUUAUAGAUUAUGAAUUUGUGUUCGCAGCUUAGUAUAAAAAACUAUUCGUGUGUAUGACUUCCUCACACCUUCUUUAACAUGUAAACGUGUACAACAUUGAUAGGUAGUUAAUAAUUUAAGAUAUUAGAAAAUUAAUAGGAUAUAAUUGAGAGAGCAUGUGAAGAUAUACAGUGUAAUGUUGAUAAAAACAACUUUUAAUAUUUA